UUUCGAAUCAAGGAAAUUAAUGAAAUCGAUCAUUCACAAUAUUAAUAUAUGAUUUAAUAUGGAAAGCUAUAAACUCAAUUAGAUUUAAGUACUGCAUUGUACGAAUCAGACGCAUAUCGCACGUGAAUCACAAUAUUCUAGGAAAUGAGUAAUACUGAUAACGCCUCGUGUUUUGUUCCUGAUUUCAAGUCAUAUUGUGAUGAAGAUAAUACAUUGAUGCGAAAUUUUUCGGGAAUGAAUUUACCCGAGAAGAUUUUAUUCGUAAUUGAUACGGCAAAAGAGAAAAAUUGUACUCCCUUUAAACUUUCUACAGGAGCUAGCUAUACUCCUUUAUUUAUGAUAAAACGAACUAUAGAAAAUUUUAUUUAUAUUAAAUCUAUCAUUCAACAUAGUCAUGAAUAUGCAUUAAUGAUUUUGAACUCUCACAGCUCUAGGUGGAUAUGUGAUUUUACCAAUAAUACCAAUAGUAUUGUUAAUCACUUAAAUCUUAUUAAUGAUGAUUUUCUAGAAGAAGAUCAAAAGUCAUAUGAUCUUGGACAAUCAUUCGAUGAAAUACAACAAAAAUUACUUCUAUUAACAAAGAAAUAUGAGACUACUGUUCCAACAUUUGUUAUCAGAGUAAUUUUAGUGUAUUCACGUUCUAAUAGUAUCCCAAAAUUUCAUAUCGGUAAAAGAUCUUUAGAUACUCUUAUAAAAAAUCCAUAUUUUUUCAUAGAUGUAUUAUAUGUACAUGAGCCACCUUGUUCCGAAAAUUUAUGCGAAGAAAUUUAUUCUGAAAUAGCAACAUUGGAUACAACAAAUUUUUCAUAUAUAUUAGAAGUAGGAAGAAAUGCAGCAAAAUUACACGAUAGUAUGGCUAAAUUAUUGGCACAUCCUUUACAAAGGCCACCACAAAAAGAUGUAUGUUAUACAAUUUGUUCGCCUUCUGCUUCUCAAGAAACAUGUAAUAAUGUUUAGCUAUAUAAUCUUUGAAAGUUGUAAAAGUAGAUAUUAAUAAGUUUACAUAUAAUAUAAUCAUUGACAAUGCAAGCAAUAAAUAAAAAAUAAAUGAAUAAAUAAAAUAGAAAAUAUAAAAA